AUGAAAUUAUUUUCAAAAUUUUCUAUUCCUACCUUACAAUUUCAAGUUUCACCACCACCUCCUAGUAAAAACUUUACUGGGACACUUUAUCCAAGUCUAUCUCGAGCGGCUACUGCUAGAGGUGCUGCUGCUCGUCAUAGUAUAAUAUCUACUGAGUCUAACAAUGAAGUUGAAGUAAGCUCUUGGUCUUCUCUUGACGAUCCAUCACCCGUUAAAGAGAUUAUACCUUUAACCGCGUUUUGCGAUGAGCAAGAGAUUCACAGAGUUACACUCAAGAUUUUACAGCAAUGUAUUGACUUUUUAAAAAGUUUGCCUAACGAUGAGAGUUAUGUAUUUGAAAGCAACUUUAUUCCUUCAAGUACUAUUGGAAAACAUCCCUUAAUAUCAAAAAGAGCCUCAACCAUUGAAGAUGAAUUUAACAAUGAAGAAUAUAAUGAUUACGAUUCAGUAGAAACGAUAAAUGAAUCGCAUAGUUGGAAUGUUGAUUAUGACAAUAAUCGAGAUCAAACAUCACGAGAAAUUGCUAUAAAACAAGUUUUGAAAUUACAGUCAACUAUUAUUAGCGAUUGUACAUCCAUACCAUUAAAUACUAUUAUAGAUCUAAAUGCUACGGUCGACGUUGAUAUGUCAAAUGGAGCUUUAUCUUUACAAUCUACAUAUGGUAGAGAAUUAUGGUUUUGUUGUCUCCAUGCAAUUCAUCAUUAUGCACUUAUCAAAGUCAUAUGUAUAGAACAAAAUAUUUCGUGCCCACGAGAUUUUGGUCUUACACCUUCCACAAUCCAAAGUAUUGAGUUACCCGGAAAAUUUAUAAAGGAAUAA